AUGAGCAGAAGCGGGACCACGAACGGCGAGGGAGCCUCUUCGGCGGAGCAUUGUUUCGCCCGGAGGAAGCGGAGACGAGUGGACGGACCACGAGAUAGCAGCUCGUCCCCCUCCGCUGUCGCUGAAGCGAGCACUGCGGCUGCAGCGCGUCCAUCACUCGCACCUCUCGCCGAUAAAUCUUCCCAUCCCCGUCCGUUAUUAUCAACCCACCGGCAUCGGUCACUCCUUCCUACCCUGAUCUUCACCCUCGCUUUCAUCCUCCUACUAUCCGUCCCGGUCGAUGCUGCCGCGGCAUCCUGCCUCCGAUUCGCGGACUACGACUCCAUCACCGCUCUCUUCACCGAAGGCGGUCCGGGCACAGUAGUCCAGCUCUGCCCGUCCAAAAUAUACCGCCUGUCCGGCCCUAUCGUCUUUACGGCUGCGGACCAGGAAAUCACGACCUUCGGGAAUCCCACCGACGACACGCGCGCCGUCCUUCGGAUACAGGCGUCCGGGGAGACGGCCAUCCAGGGCGAUUGUCGGCGGUGUAAGGGCGUCAAAGUCCGAAAUCUCAUCAUUGACGGGUAUCGGUGGAAGCUGGGCCGGUCGAAGCCUGACGAGGCUGCGGGCCCGCUCGUCGUUCUCGGCGGGAAUGAGGGGCAGGUGGUUGAGAACUGCGUCCUGAGGGAUCCAAGAGGAUUCACGGCGAUACAUGUUCGGGAGGGAGACAAGCUGGAAUGCAAGGGAGCGAGGAUCACAGGGAAUGUGAUUGGGCCCGUAGGGGAAGAGUACGACUCGAAGAAGGACGGGGAGGACCCGGAGCUCUCCCCUCUGGGCAAACCACUCGCGGACGGUCUCUCUAUCGCAUGCCGGGACAGUCUCGUCAAAGACAAUGUCUUCAUCGACAAUACUGCCGCUUCUAUCGUCCUCUACUGCUCGCCCGGAACGGUCGUCGAGAACAAUACCAUCUACACGGAUAAGAAAUCCGCAAUGGCCGGCAUCCUCAUGGUCGAUGCUACACCGUUCAACGCGGACUAUACAGGCGUCGUUGUACGGGACAACAUCGUCCAUGCUCGGGGCGCCGGACUGAGGGUGGGAAUAGGCAUCGGGCCAACGGUAUGGUCUGACGAUACCGAGACGAUCCUGACGGGCGGGUCGGUCCUCCAUAACAGGCUGGAGGGGUCGCAUAUGGGGUACGGGAUCGCGGCGGCGGGUUUGAAGGGGUGGAAGAUACUGGACAAUGUGGACGGCGCAUCUUAUGAGGGAAGAAGGGGAGAGAGGUGUUUCCCUGAAGCGAUCAACCCGGACCCAAUGGCGUUCAUGUAUACCUCAAAGAGUAUCACGGAGAGCGAGGUUCAAGCUCACUUUGUCGAUGCCGACUUUCAGUAUGCGGCCUGCCUUGAUCCCGUCGAAGCGCAAACUCGGAGACAGGCCAGAAAGGCUGCUAUGGCCAAACACGCACAACCCCAAAAGCCGGUCGCGGCUGCUCAUCCGCCGAAAACACCUCCUCCACCCGGCAAGACCGUCCCCGACGCAGAUGUCCAGGCCGGUGUUAGGCAUCCGCCCGCCAAGCUCGAGGAAUUCGAUACCGGAUCGGAGAUGAUGGAUGGGAUCUUGGAGCAUUCUCGCUCGCGCGUCGUCGAGGAGAUUGAACGGCUGAAUCAACGGAUGGAAAGCCUCUUCCAGGCGGUUCCAGGUGGAGGGGAGCACAAGGUGCCUGUCAAGGAGAUCAAGCAGGCCCAGGUCCCAGGGCAGGGGGCGAUGGGAUUGCAAAAGCGGGUAGAGGCGCUGGAGCAGGAUCAAGGGAAGUUAGUGGAGGAGGCUACGGGGCUGAGGCGGGGAAUGCAAAAAUGGAAUCAGGAGAUGAGCAAGGUUCACGCGUGGGAGCAUGAGCUCCUCCUCGAUAUCCAAUCCCGUAUACACCAUCACUUCCUCACGCAUCCUGAAGACAACACAGAAGUGACUCCAGGGGAACAUCACGACGAUCACUCGGGGCACGAAGCGAACCAGGCGAUCCUCAAUGUCCCGCAUGAGUCGGCCGGGCGAGAGAGCCGCGAGCGCGAAACGCUGAGGCAGAAGAGUGAGCGCGCGAGAUUACUCGCCGCGGCCGGAGGAGGUGAGAGGGGAUGGACGAGGUGGGCGGUGAUUAUGGCGUUGAUAGGGUUGGCGGUCGGCGGGUGGAGGUGGCGUAGUAAAGGGAGGAGGUCGAGGGCGCCGGUGGUUCUGGUUUCGGCGCAAGGGGCGACAUUGGGGCCGGGCUCGGGUUUCGGGGGGAUGGGAAUGGGGACGGCGAGGGGGAUGCAGAUUGGCGGAGGGCUGGGAGGGGGAGGGGGUGCAGAGUGGAGGCCAUGGGCGUGGCGAGGGAGUCAUCGGAAAGUGACAUAG